AUGGUGAGACGAGGCAAGGGCUCUCCAUCUGGAAGCCAAUGGGACAUGAAGACGAAAUGGUACAACAGACAGAAACUUCCCAGUGAGUGCCCCUCCACAAUUCUGGGUAGUUUCCAAUCACUCACAAGCUGCAGCGGCUACUCCAGGCGCACGAAAGGGCCCAUAAAGUGGCGUUUCCGAUUCAUGGACCUUUCGAAAGAUAUCCGCCUCAUGGUCUACGAACGUCUCCCUAAUAUGAGCGACAUCCCUUCUCCCCUCAAUGGCUUCACCCCCGAUGUCGACGAUUGUUUCCUGCGCGACUGGACUUUCAAUACCGCCAUUCUGGCCACAUGCAAGCAAAUCCGAGACGAGGCACAAGCGCUGUUGAAGACUCGAAUGACUGCCCUGCAUGAAGAUUCCUUCUGCCUUGUUGUUCAACCUACCUCUACCAGCCGAGACUUUGCGAAGGCUCGCGAUGCCUUCAGUUUCCUCGGUAAAGCAAUCUGGUUCACUUGCCUCGAGGCCGCAAAAUACGAAUGGGAAGAUGAUGAAACGAGGGGCAUCGAAGACCUGUUGACGGCGAUUGACCCCUGGAUGAAAACCUUCUGGGUAAAAUGGAUGCACAACAAGGGGGAUUACAUGGCCAUACAGAAGCCCAUGUUGCUCUUCAUCUGCCGCUUUCUCCAUGCUUUCUUGGAGCGCCGGCUACUCGAGGUGGAGCUGGUUUACGAUCUCGACAUUCCAGACUAUACAACGGAGAAGGUCAGGGCUUGUGUUACCAUACAAACGUUGCGCACCGUACUAGGAGAAUAUUUCGAUAUUAAGGUUAGGAUGCUUGGCACGUUGGAACAGAAGAUCGAGCUUGCGGAAAGCAUGGUGGGCCACUUGUUGAGGAUUGGGCCGGUGACUGUUAUGGCCACCGCCUUAGGCCUUUUUGAGCGACCCAUCAUGGCAUCUAAUCACGACGAGAUUUCCGAGCGCUUGGGGCUAGAGCCUAAUGUUUUACGGAUCCCUUGUCGCGAAUGA